AUGGCUGCAUUGAAGCCUGGAGUGACAUCGGGCGAUACGACGCUGGCUCGCUUCCUGGUUAAUCAUGUUGACUUUAGUCGAGAAACUCUGGCUGCUGCUUUGGAGAUAGCAGAAGAGCACGAACAUCUCUCAAUUGUCCAGAUUAUCACGACUAAACUGCAGAAAAUGGCGGAACGCGAAGACGAUGAGCUGGAGUCUACUGAGCCUCCGUCCGACAUCAUUGACCAAAACUGCCAGUCUUGCAUCGCAGAUAACAGUGAGAAGAACACAACGAUUGAUAAGCGUCUCGAAUUGACAGAUGUUGAAGAUAAAGCUAUUGUGCUCGAGACACCACCAAAUGUGGAAGUGGGUAGUCUGGAAACGGAUAGCGACGAUAUCCAUGCGCUUGAAUUGGAAGGUGGCGACUCAACCGAAGAACUGCUACCACCAGUGACGUCAUUUUGCGACCUUCAGGUGGCUGUAGAAGAGGAGGACCUGGCAACUGAAGAACCCUCAGUAGCUGUACAAACUCCCGAAACAGGUACCCAAAGCAGAGAUGAAGAGGACCCGUCAGUGAGCCCAACUGGAUCUACAAUUGUGAAUUGGAUGGAGCACCCGAUGAGUGCUACUAGUGAAGUGAUAGAAACUGCUAUCCACCUUCAUGAAGAAGAUCGUAUGGAAGUUCCCGGCAAGCGGGAUCACACUGAUCAAGUAGACAUCGCGAAUCUACCCGAAAUUCCCAGCAUAAUUGUUGCUAGCACAGAGGUGGAACGGUUUUCUUUGGUUAGUAAAGUCUCCGGUGACGAGAUUCGAGCUGCCAGUGGAACAUCCCAGCGCAGGCCAAAAGGAAGAGAAGCGUCUGGCAUCUCUCAACAUUCUCGAACUCGAACUGCCAACACCAAUUCUUCGGACGAAGUGGCAGAGUGGAAAAACAUUGAUUUGCUAUUGAACCGCAAGCGCAGGUUCUUCCAGUCUCAAACAGGAAGCAUUGAAAGCAUCAAGGUGCCGUGGGGCGAAGAGUUCGCCACGAUUCAGGCUCUGAAGCGAUUCGCCACGAUUCAGGCUCUGAAGCGAUUCGCAGCCCAACAUGCCCAUGUUCUUCGCGCACACAUUGAGACGCAGUUAAGGGAGCUGGAUGGGCCGCUUUUGGGCAACAGUCCGAGGAAGAAACGCUCGACGAUAACGAACUCAUUGGCUUACUCCAGUGUUGGUCAAGCACGGGAAGCUUUACUCUUGAUGAAGGAUUUGGCCUUUCUGCUUAAACAACGUCUUGCUCCUUUCUUUGACUCAAUUAUUCCAGUCGUGAUGCCGUUCGUCUUCAACACUGAAAAGCGAUUUCUAUGCGAGACUGCGAUCGAAGUGCUCGACGCAAUGAUUUUGCACUGCAGUGGGCAGAAGCUUGCUCUGUUGUUCCUACAAUUAGGAGAAACAUACAGCAAGUACGAAGACUUGCGGCUAUACAACUUGUCACGCAGCUUUGAGGCCAUUCUUCGAGCACAUGUAUCGCAGGAUGUGCAAGCGCUCGUGCGCAAGGAAUGUGGCAUUCACGCGCUCAUUUCUCAAUUCGACUUCAAGCGAAAAGAUCACCUCCAAACGAUGUCUACAGCUCCAAGAACCGUCCACGCCUACGCCUGCUUCGCUGAAGGAGAAGCUGUCAAGCCGUGGACGUACCAGUCGCGUCCACUUGGCUCUGGAGAUGUGGAGAUCAAGAUCUCUCAUUGUGGAAUCUGUGGCUCUGAUGUCCACAGUCUCAGCGGUGGCUGGGGUGGCGUCAUGUACCCCGGGGACGACGGCUACUGUCCUCAACGCGUGGGGACGUACAACUACACGUACAAGAACGACGGAGCCAUUUCGUACGGUGGCUUCGUAGACUACGUGCGUGUGGCUCACAUGUACGCCUUCAAGAUCCCAGACAACAUUCCGUCGGACGUCGCUGCGCCACUGUUGUGUGCCGGUACAACAGUGUUCACGCCGCUAAAAGAGGCCGGGAUCAAGUCUGGAGACCGUGUGGGGAUAGUGGGUAUCGGUGGCUUAGGUCACCUUGCCAUCCAGUUCGCGAAGGCAUUGGGAGCUGCUUCAGUGGUGGCGUUCUCUCGCUCCAACAGUAAAGAGACUGAAGCUCGUCGUCUUGCGGCUGACGAGUUCGUCAACUAUUCAGACGAGAAACAGGCCGCAGCUGCUGCAAACUCCGUCAACAUCUUGUUAAUUACAGCCGACGCGAACAACAUGCCGUACAGCCCCUUCCUGAGCUUUCUGGCUGUGCGUGGCACGUGUAUCAUGGUUCAACGCCUUCCCUGUGGUGGCUAA